AUGGAUGAGGAAGUUACGCUAAAGGAUGCUGCUUAUGAGAUUAAGCACAUUAUUAGCGAGCUUGAGCAAUUUUCUCUCCAAACAGUCGCAAAUAGAAAGGUUUUUCGUUUGGCUUUGUCACAAUUAGCACAAUUUCUCGAUUCUCUUUCAAAACAACCUCUUGAUAAAGUAUUAACUGACGAACAACUCGAAGUAUUACAACAAAUUAUACAAAUUGCGAGAGAAUAUCAGUCAUUAUUUUCACAGAAUUUAUUGAGCACAUGGGCACAUACAGCACUUGAUAACAGUAGUACUAUGAUACCCUCAGAAUUAUGCAAUAUCGCUGGACGCCUCAGAAACAUCUCAAAAAUUUUAGAUCAGGUUGGUUGCGGAGCAUUUAAUCCAGAAGCACAUGAAUGGCUUCAAUACCACAUAUUAGAUAUGAAAGCUAUUACGUCAUCUUUUCAACAAUACAUAGAAGCGGCAAAAGAAGGAGAUCAAGUUGUGCCUUUAAUGCAUAAACGUUUAAAGUCAAUAGAUCAGUUUUUAAAGGAAUAUAAGGACGACACGCAACUUCCAAAUUACAAUGUUUUUUCUCCGAUACCCGUCACAUACAGAUCUUGGCGUGUAAACCACGAAGAUCUCGAAGAAAAGCAGCAAAUUGGCGAAGGUGCAUCAUCGACAGUUUACAAAGGCUUCUUUAAGCACGACAAACAAGUUGCAAUUAAAAAGCUAAAAUAUCACAAAUUAAAAGGCGGAAAGCUCCGUGUUUUCCAACGAGAAGUCUCAAUUCUUGCAUCUGCAGAGCAUCCAUGUCUCGUACACUUCGUUGGCGCAACAGAUACCGCUCCAUUUUGUAUUGUCACAGAAUGGAUCAAUGGCGGCUCACUUUAUGCAUUACUACGUACCAAAAAGCCUAUUAGUGCUUCCAAGAAGACAUCAAUCGCAUUCGACAUAGCCAGAGGAAUGAAUUAUUUACAUUCUCGUCAUAUCAUCCACAGGGACCUCAAAAGCCCUAAUGUAUUACUUGACGACAACGGUCGUGCGAAAAUCUGCGAUUUCGGAUACUCAAGAGUUGCGGAUGACACCGAUGUCAUGACAAAAAACGUCGGAACACCUCACUGGAUGGCUCCAGAGCUUCUUGACAACCAGAGCAGCUACAACCACAUGAUUGACGUCUAUUCAUAUGGAAUUGUCCUCUGGGAAAUCACUGCACAAGCAGUUCCUUACAGAGAUCUUGAUUCUCCACAAAUCAUCGCAAAAGUUGUGUCCUCAGACUUCAGACCUCCAAUUCCAGAAGGAACACAUCCAGAUAUAGUCAAUUUGAUCAAACAAUGUUGGGAUAGAGAUCCAAAUCAAAGACCAACAUUUUCUGAAAUUUUAAACCGAUUCAAAAACGGUUUUAUGUUUCCAGGAACAUCUCAAAAGACAAUCGACUAUCUCAAGCAGACAAUGGCUGAAGAUCAAUUAGGAUUACCAGUGAAUGUUACAAGUUUGAACUCAAAAAGUCUUAAAAAUGACACAUUGUCCGCAUUAGUUGAUGCAUUGAAUAAACAAGUUGUUUCCCCAGAAGCAUAUGACCAAGCAUGGACAACAUUGCAUAAUCUUAAAGAAGACGACAAUCUUCAUAUGUAUUCUCGUUGUUUGUGUGCAUUCUUGAAGAGCAGAAUGAUGAGCCAAGCAGCGAAAGAACUCAGAGAACUUCCAAGUGGUUCAGUUCCAUUGGACGUUGCUUCUCAAUGUGUUUCUAUAAUUCCUACGGGAAACAACAUUUCAGAUGAAGAUCUUAUUGUCACAGCAUGCAAGAACGGAUGUGCAGGAAACGCUACACUUGCCGUUAUCAAAGAUUAUCAUUUGAAAUUGUGUCUUGAACUUGCAUGUCGAAUGCCAAUUCCACAAGAAAUGAUGAAUGACAUUUUGAAGAGAUGCAAACACUCAUUCAGCUCUAAUGAUCCAUUACUUGCUACCGCUGCUAUAAGAUUUGUUGUUUCUAAGACAGAUUGCAAGGAUUUAGAUGUUGAUUCACUGAGAGUUUGUUUGCAAUCAAGAAAUUCGACAGCGAAACACGCAAGUUUAGUUGCAAUGGGAAAAUUCGCAAGAACAAGUGGCGAAAUACCAAUAGACAUUCUUGAUAUAAUUACAAGCCAAUGGGAUGUUGAUUCCAUUGCAGGAACAGUUGCAGUUUGCGCAUGCAUGAACUGCAAUUCAGCAAAACAUAUAAUUGGAAAGUUAAACCACUCUCCACCUCCUCCUGAUAUCUUUUUGAGUAUUAUCAAUCAGGCUUCGGUUCAUCAGAACUUACACGCGGAAUUGAACGAAAUCUUGUCUUCAUAUAUAAUUCCUCAGAACAAAGCUGAAGUUGCUCAGGCAGUCGCCAAAUUACAGAAAUCUAUUCAUGUUUAA